GCCUGCAGACAGCUGCUCGGUGCAUCCAUGCCUCCUCUUCCUCCUCCUCUUCCUCCUCUUCCUUUCACUGUGAGUCUCUGAGAGGUGAAGAGUGUCUGAGAGCAGCUCAGAGACAUGCUGCCAGCUGUUUACCGGAUUUAUUGAUUAUUGAUUGAAGAAGAAGCCGAUUGAAAACAAAGCAACAUGUCUCGGUACAGAAGGAAGGACGGAAUACCAGACAGAUGGUUGGAUUAUAAAGCUGUCGGGAAAAGACUCAACGGGACUCGUUUCAUCGCCUUCAAAGUGCCGCUGAAACACUCUUUUAGCCGUCAGCUUCGUAGCUCUGAGGUGUUCGGUCCCUGGGAGCUGCUGGACGCUCUGAAUGAAGAGAAGCAGCAGCUGGGUUUGAUCAUCGACCUCACCUUCACCAAACGCUACUACCAGCCAGAGGACCUCCCGGACUCUCUGCUCUGUGUGAAGAUCUUCACGGCCGGUCACGAGAUUCCCAGCGACGACAAGAUCCUGAGCUUCAAACGAGCCGUGCACGGAUUCCUGCAGGACAACGCCGACAACGAUAAGCUGAUCGGAGUUCACUGUACUCACGGUCUGAACCGCACCGGUUACCUGAUCUGCAGAUAUCUGAUCGAUGUUGAUGGGAUGGAUCCUAAAGAAGCAAUUCAGUUGUUUAACUCGUCGCGCGGUCACAACAUCGAGCGUCAGAACUACAUCGAUGAUCUGCAGCGUGGAGACAAGAGGAGUAAUGAAGGGAUGGAGGAGAGCGAGCAGGAGCCACAGAGAGGUCAGGCUGUGAACCGACCGUCUUUCUCUCCGUCGGAGUCGGACGGUCGAGAGGACAGACGUCAUGUUAACGAGUCGUGGCGGGAGAGAUCUUUCCCUCCGAGGGAAACGAACCACCGCUCCCAUCACCGCUCCGAUCACCGCUCCCAACAUGACGGCCUCCUCCCCUGCCCUCCGAUACUCCCCUAUCAUCCCUUUCAUCAUCUUCCUCCUCACAGCGGAGCCUCCUUCCACCCGUACCGAUGGACUCCUCCUGCUCCUCCUCCUGCUCCUCCUUCUCACCGGGACAGCCAGUGGAGGAGACCCCACCACUCAGAGGAGAGCAGGUACAGAUAUAACCCACCAGAGCGGACGGAGAGGACUCAUGAUGACAGAAGACGAAGUCGUCAUCAUUAUUCUCCUCCUCCUCCUCCUGCUCCUUCUCACCUCCCUCGCUACUCGGCCCGCUGGACCAACGAGUCAAACGGCUACGCUAGACCUGAGGAGGAGUGGGCCGGUCCCAAGAUGAGACAUCAGCACAGAUACUCACAGAGACAUAGAGUGAACACGUAUGACGAACAUUAGUCUGAUCCAAACCUGAACUGAAGCUGCAGACAUCACAGAACAGAAGAGAAGAGAAGAGACAGUUUCAUGGGUUUCAUGAGGUUUUACACUACUUUUUCUGACUCUUCUAUAUGUUUAAAGGGCCAGUUCUACACAUUUACAAAAGAUUUUCCCACUUUAAAAGUGUUGGUUUAUAAUUUUUCAGGUCUGCUAACUGAGUACAAACACUGACGGAGAUUGUAAAGAGGACACAUCAUACUACUUUUUCCAGCUCUAUAUUAAUAUUCUGUGUCUCUACUGGAAUAUCUUUACAUGAUUUCCAGUUAAAAACUACUUAUUUAUCUUCUACUGGUCCUUUAUGCAGCUCUUCAGUUCAGUCUCUGUCUGAAACAGACACAUCGGCUUGUUGGCAACGUAGAAAGUUCAGCCCACAGUCUUUACAUUGUGAUGACAUCAUGGGUUUUUAAAUCCGCUGUUCUCCGCUUAAGCACAGUUUAAAAAAAUAUAAAACCUCCAUGGAUCAAAAGUUCAUGAUUGAAAAGAGUUAUAAUUGAAGUUAUUUGCAGUUCGAGGUGUCCUGUCAGCAGUUUUAGAGACGUCUCUUUUACAGUGGUGGUCUAUGGGGCAGCUGGAGGGUUUUUUAGCUACAGUACUGCGAGUGGCCACUGGGGGAAAGUGGCGCUGUUGUAUCCAGCUCUUACAAAACAUCCGUGAAACAGCUUCAUCUUUUUCUGCUGUUGUUAUUUGUGCAGAAGUGUUUCUCCAACUUGGCCCACAGUCUUUACAUUGUGAUGACAUCAUGGGUUUUUAAAUCAGCUGUUCUCCGCUUAAGCACAGUUUAAAAAAUAUAAAACCUCCAUGGAUCAAAAGUUCAUGAUAGAAAAGUAGUAAUUGAAGUUAUUUGCAGUUCGAGGUGUCCUGUCAGCAGUUUUAGAGACGUCUCUUUUACAGUGGUGGUCUAUGGAGGAUUUUUGUAGCUGCAGUACUGCGAGUGACCACUGGGGGGAACGUGGCGCUGUGGUGUCCAGCUCUUACAAUACAUCCAUGAAACGGCGUCAUCUUUUUCUGCUGUUGUUAUUUGUGCAGUAGUGUUUCUCCAACUUGGCCCACAGUCUUUACAUUGUGAUGACAUCAUGGGUUUUUAAAUCAGCUUUUCACCGCUUGAAGAAAGUUUUAAAAAUAUAAAACCUCCAUGGAUCAAAAGUUCAUGAUAGAGAAGAGUUAUAAUUGAAGUUAUUUGCAGUUCGCGGUGUCCUGUCAGCAGUUUUAGAGACGUCUCUUUUACAGUGGUGGUCUAUGGAGGAUUUUGUUUUAGCUGCAGUACUGCGAGUGGCCACUGGGGGGAAAGUGGCGCUGUUGCAUCCAGCUCUUACAAAACAUCCAUGAAACGGCGUCAUUGUUUUCUGCUGUUGUUUUGCCUUUGCAGUGGCUUCUUCUUCUUCUUCUUCUUCUUCUUGUUGGCAUAUGUGUUGACUAGCGGCGGUGUUCUCACGACUUAACGGCUUGAACGCCAAAACGUAUCGUAACCACGAGCUCACGAGUUUCAGCUUGAUGUCACACGGACGCUUUAGACACAUCGCUAACCUUUUUGAGCUGCAGUGGAUGAAUCCUGCAGAGAAGUCGUAGAUUUUUAAGACUUUUUUAGGUUUUAUAUUGUUUUUAAUCAGGCUGUUUUUAUAUAUUUUUAAUAUACUUUUUUGGAGGGGGUGGACUCCAGUCGCUUCUUUUUUCAGCGGCCAAAUGACCCCUCUUCCAUUUAGUUAGGACUAAAAUUAAUGAUUAUUUUUUUAUAAUCAAUUUUUUUUUUUUUAAAGGUUAAUUCCUUCUGUGUAAAAUUAAAAAUCUCCGUCACAGGUUCCUGGAGCCAAAAGUGACGUCUUUAAAUGCUCUAAUGUGUCCGAUCAACCAUCUAAAAACUCUAAAAAGAUAUAAUCAGUUUAUUAUCAAAAAAUAAACAUAAAGAAAAGAAAAGCAGCAAAUUCUCACAAUUCAGAAGCUGCUUUUACUAGAAAAAAUGACAAAAGACAUUAAAAAAACAUUUGGGAACAGAAGAUAAUGUGGAACCAGUGAAAUAUGGACUUUUUUUUUUGGGACUUGUACAAUCACGUAAUUAUUGAUAAGUCAACUUUAUUACUUCAGUUUUACAGGAAAUCCAACCAACUGAUAGAAGAAGCCAGCACAGGGACGUUGAUGUGAUCCCUCUCUGGCUUCCCACCAACAACAAACAGUUGAACAGUGAAUGUCAGAGUUUUAAUGGACAGUUUGUGUGUGUUUUGUUUUUUUACCUCAUGGUUUAAACAACAGCUGUGUAGACUGAAAGAAAAUAAAAAGCAA